AUGACAACCAGAGGUAGACGCGAAUCUAAGGAUUCACCGCCUCCCCAAGGUCUCACGAAAUCAAAGUUAAAAACUAAUCCCAGCUCCUCAACCCCAUUUCUUGCAUCACUCAUACUUUUGAAGCACGAUCUCCAAGUUACACUCUCUUAUCAAGGUGUCAACACCAUUGCCGCUGAUUGCACGCAUGGUCGUCUCUUUGUCUCCGACAUGGACUCGGCUAAUGUUUAUACCUACGAGAUUGAUGGAACUAGUAAUCCCGUCUUGCUCAACACCCUGCCGACGGUGACAGGAAUGGGCCCGCAGUUUUUGUACACGUCGUCUACAGAAGGAGCUGUUACCGUUGUCUACCGUGGAUUGGAAGAAACUGCGUAUCAGGAUGGAGCUAUCAGCUUCAUCCGGGUUGGAGUCACUCCAAGCAGCCACGAAGUCGCAGGUUUCUCUGUCGAGAAGGAAGACCCUUCUCUGGUUGACGACUUUUUUGUGAGCUGUGCCAGACCUAUACAUCACGUGGCUCAUGACCAAAAGAUUGCCAUAUUCUGUGACGGAUCAUUUGAAGAUAGCGUCAACUCAACAGUCUGGGUUGUUGACGAACGCUUUUUUGGGCAAGGCAACAAGACAUUGGUCUUUUCCAAGACGCUGGAAGGUUCUCAUCAUGGUGUUGCCGUCCCAGUGGAUGAGGACCAUAUUCUUGUCUCCGUGCCCACACCGGAACGCGUGGCAAAUGAUCCUAAUGCAAGUGCACUUCCUGACGGGUUCCAUGUCUACGACUAUGAUAUGAAUUUGUUGCAUGGCCUGAAUGAGGAAGAAGAUCCUAGUCGUUCUUGCGCGGGUUUCCACGGAAGCGGUGUAAUUGACAACACCUUUGUGUUUGCUUGCGAUCAGGAUCAUGGCGGGAUCCUUGUUGUUGACUAUGGUCAAGCAGGUGUUACUUACACUUCUCGAGCUCUCUCCUAUCCGGAUGGCUUUGAUGCCCAUCGGACUGGAACCUUAACAGAGCAUCGUGAUAGCAACGCCAUUGUCGGUAAUUUUGCUGAUAGAGCCACUGGAGAUUCUAAGCUUGUUUCAUUCGUACCGAAGCAGCAAUCUGAUGAAAUCACUGAAGGACAACUUCUGCCUCUGGAAUCGGGUCAAUGCAGUUUCAGCUUUGAGCAAUCGGGUGGUAACCUAAUCCUUGCCUGGAUGCCGACAGGAAAUCUUCAAGUUUAUGCUAUUGAGCCUGAAUGGAUGCUACUUGCCGACAUCCAGGUAAUCGAUGACAUGUCUUCUUGCGACGGAACUUCAAUGGCACCGGGUCAAGGACAUGCCUACAUCAUGCAAGGAACUUCAUUGAUUGACGUUGAUCUUCAUGACUUGACGUCGCCGGAAAUAUCUAGCAUUGAUCUUGGCUUUAUGCCAGCAUCAGCAGUGGUGGCUGGAGUUCCGGCUGGUUAUGCCUGCGAGGCUCCCAGCUUUCCUGAGACCUCUUCCACAUCUGCUGUUGAUGGAUGGAUCUCGAUUGAGCAAGUCCUUGCUCCUGCCGGUUCUACUGAAUCAACAGAAUUUCUUCGGUCUUUCCGCAAUGAUAUUGCUAGAAGUCUUGGAGUUGGCCUCAAUCGCGUUUUCGUCGAAGAAACAGUCAAGGAAUCGGAUAGUUCCACCGUUGUCCAUGUCAAGAUGAGCGACCCCACGGAACAUGAUGCGAACCCCGCCACAGGAAAGCAACUCCUCGACCAGCUCAUUGCCAGCGGUAUGAGUUCGGCAACUAGUGUGUCUAGCCAAGCCCCUUCUCAGGCCACGGGAGGCAACGGCGGAGGAGAUUCUUGGCCAACUGGGGCUACCGUUGGCAUUGUGCUUGUUGCAAUUGUUGCCAUUGCAUCGAUUGUAGCGGCCGUCUUGUUCAAGAAGCGCGAGAAAAAGGCCCUCUUUGACUUGGAAAAGGCCAAUAAAGGGCAAUCGGCCUAG